AUGGCUGAAUGGGAUCUGGAAUCCCUUGACACCUAUAUCCAGAACACACUGUCUUCCCUCUACCCACCUUUUGAGGCCACGGCAGCCACGGUGCUCUGGCAGCUGUUCAGUGUGGCUGAGAGGCUCCACGGUGGGGAUGGGCUGCGCUGCCUCACUGACUUCCUCAUUCCAGCCAAGAAGGUCCUACAAUACCUGCAGCAGGAAGCCUGUGCCAGGUACACAGGCCUCAUCUUCUUCCAUGAAGGCUGGCCACUGUGCAUCCAUGAGAAGGUCGUGGUGCAGCUGGCAUCCCUCCGCGGAGUUAGGCUCAGGCCUGGGGACUUCUAUCUACAGGUCACAUCAGUGGGGAAGCAGUCAGCCAGACUGGUUUUAAAAUGCCUCUCUCAGCUUGGACGGGGCUCAGAAGAAGUUACUGUCCCUGAGGCCAUGUACAGCUGCGUCUUCACAGGAGAGUUCCUGGAACAGCUGAACGGGGAGCGGAACGGUGUCCCCUUGCAAAACUGCUUGCUGACCUCAGGCUCCGCCGUCUUCCGCACCCCAUGGAGCAGUGUCACAGACCCCAUCUUUGUCCCAACAUUCAGGACCGCCCUGCCCCACCGCAGCUGCCCCAGGCCUGAGCAGCCACCACCUAUAAGUGCCUCCAAAGCUCUGGCCCCAGCACCAGUCAUGGCCAGCACUCGUCCCCAUGAGAGUACCCCUCCCAGUGACACCCCCACCCUGCCCCACUGUGGUGGGCAACCCAGCAGUGACCAGCCCAUCCACCAGCCUUCUGCAGGAAGGGCUGGGUGGGAAAACCCUAGAAGCACGUUCUGGAGCUCUGACGGAGGCCUUGUAGGGGUUGGGCCCUCAGAGCCAGGCUUGUGGGAAGGACCAGGAGAGAGCCUGGACCCCACAGACCAAAGAGACGGUCCCCAGGCCCUCAUUGUCCGUGAGGACAUGGGCAGCCCAAGCUCCAGAAGGCAGUCACCCAGGGACCCAGCCUGCAUGGAGGCCAGACGUUGGUUUAGGAAGUCCUAUAUGGAGGCCCUGCGGAACCCCAUGCCCCUGGGCUCCAGUUCCGAAGAGUCCCUUGGGGAUGAGGCCUGCAGCUCCGAGACCACAGGGGCUGGGGCAGCAGCCAGCCGAACCCAGAAGGAAACCCCCAGCCUCUGGGGAGACCACGGGGAGAUCUCAAGUCAGGAAAGCCAUCCAGGAGCCGCUAGGAGCACCCUUCCCAGGCGGUCUCGGUCCUGUGACAGGUCCUUCAGGAGCUCCCGAGGUGAGGCCCAGCGGUCCUCCCACCACUCACUCGGCACCAGGCCUGGAGGUCUUUUAGGAGGACAAGCUGAGGGGACCAGAAGCGCAGGCUCCAGCGGCCCCUCCUGCACCACAGGGGAGAGUCCAGGUAACGGCCCCAAUCCCGACCCUUCCUGCUCCUCCCUAACCCACCUCCCACAUCCCACCCCCACCCCUUCCCCUCCUCCCUUCUCCCACUCCAUGCUCUCUCCUUGUGUUUGUGGCAAGUUGAGCGGCUGCCUUCAAACCGGAGAAACAAUUCAUCUUUGGGUGUCUUUCUGUUGUCCAGCCAGUGUUAACACCAACAGCAACGCUUUCCGGGCUCGUGCUCCUGGCUGGAUUUCAGAUGUGCUUGCUGAGCCGUUGUGCCCAGAGGGAGAAGGACAGCCGCCCAGCACAGGAGACCUGCCCAACCAGGUACCCAGGAAUGUGCUGGAGGUCAGCCAGGAGCUCCUGCAGUCCGGGGUCGUCGUCCUCCCAGGGACCCGGGACCACCAAGGGAGAGCAGUGGUACAGGUCUGCACAACGAGCCCGCUCUGGUCCAGCAGACACAGCUCCAGCGCCGAGCUGACCCGCCUGUUGCGGUACCUCCACGGCAUCCCCAGUUUCACCCAUCCUUGGGAGGUCACAGACCUAAUCAGCCAGCACAAGGAGACAAUGAAAUGUGUGCUGGAAGACGCACUGCUGGUCGCCCUCCGCUUGGAGGGUGGCACUGUGCUGGCGCGGCUGAGGAGGGAGCAGCACGGUGCCGGCCAAGACUGCCGGGAUGCCAUCGAGGUUGCCUCCAGGCUGUACGAUCAAGUAGACGAAGAGGUCCACAAGGUGGUCCUUGCCUCCAACAGGUGUCUGCAGGAGCUGGAGAGGCUACGGGAAGCGAGGGUGCUCCAGGAGGGACAAGGGCAGGUGGAUGGGUGGAUGCCGCAGUGUCUGGAACAGCUGGGUCCCGAGCCGGUCACUGAGUAUCCGAAGAGCUGUCGCCAGGAGGCCACAGAGCUGACUGCGUGGAGUUUCCCCGGGGCGAGCACGGUGGGGGCAGGCCUGGGCAGCUGGCGGGCACUGCCGCAAUGGCACAGCUCGUGGCUGCAGAGCCAGCAGAGUCGACUCUGCUUCCAAGGGGCCCUUUCUGGGGCUCCCCCCGACCCUGGGGCCCCACCUCUGGGCCCGAGCCCCCUGCAGUACGAGCUUCCCCGGAGGGCUGAGAGGAGGCACUGUGAGCCUUCUUGGAUCCCCCACGCUGAUCCGGAGGGCCACACUGGGGAGCGUGCCCAGCUGCUGCCCGGCCUCCCCGAACAAGCCGCUCUCUGCGGGCAGGAGGGUGAGCACCCGGCCCCAGACAAGAGCCCUGCCUGCUCCUCCGAGCCCAUCCACACACCCACAACCCACACCAAGAAAUAUCCCCUGAAGAAAAUCAUGAGGAAAACACAAAGCUUUGAGAUUCCACAGCUUGACAGUGGCCCCCGGGACUCCCCCUGGCCAGGCCACACUGGGCUUCUCAUCAGGGGCCUGGAGGUGACCAGCACUGUGGCCUCAGAGAAGCAGCCCCCACCGAGGCCACAUGCCGAGAGCCCCCUGGGUACUCGGACCCGGAGCCUGUCCUCUCCCUCCAGGAUCCACCCAUCCGAGGAGGACAGGAGGAGGCAAACAGGAAGCAGCCGACUGCAGCACAUAAUGGCCGAGAUGGUUUCCACAGAGAGGGAGUAUGUCAGGUCCUUAGGAUAUGUCAUCGACAACUAUUUUCCAGAAAUGGAAAGGACAGACCUGCCUCAGGACCUUCGAGGGAAGCGCAGCAUGAUCUUUGGGAACCUGGAGAAGCUCUAUGACUUCCACCGCCAGCAUUUCCUCGCAGAGCUGGAGCGCUGCCAGCCCUGCCCCUUGGCAGCGGGCCGCGGGUUCCUGAGACACGAGGAACAGUUUGGCAUGUACGCGCUUUACAGCAAGAACAAGCCCCGGUCAGAUGCUCUGCUCUGCAGCCACGGCAACGCCUUCUUCAAGGACAAGCAGCGGGAGCUGGGAGACAAGAUGAACUUGGCCUCCUACCUGCUGAAGCCCGUGCAGCGUAUGGGCAAGUACGCACUGCUUCUCCAGGACCUGGCCAGGGAGGCCAGCUGCUGCCCUGCCUGGGAGCAGGAGCUGGGCGAGCUCCGGGCUGCCGAGGGUGUGGUCCGCUUCCAGCUGCGCCAUGGCAACGACCUGUUGGCGAUGGAUGCGGUCCGAGGCUGUGAUGUAAAUCUGAAGGAGCAGGGGCAGCUGAGAUGCCAGGACGAGUUUAUCGUCUGCUGUGGAAGGAAAAAGUAUCUGAGGCACGUCUUCCUCUUUGAAGACCUCAUCCUGUUUAGCAAGACCAAAAAGGUGGACGGAGGCUACGACACCUACAUGUACAAACAGUCCUUCAAGACAGCCGAGAUUGGGAUGACGGAGAACGUCGGAGACAGUGGCUUGAGGUUUGAGAUCUGGUUCCGCAGACGGCGGAAAUCCCAGGACACCUACAUUCUCCAGGCCAGCUCUGCAGAGGUCAAGACAGCCUGGACCCACACGAUAGGGCAGAUCCUGUGGCGGCAGGCUCUGCGGAACAGAGAGCUCAGAAUGCAGGAAAUGGUGUCAAUGGGGAUGAGCACCAAACCGUUCGUGGACAUCCAGCCCAGCGAUGCAGCCAUAAGUGAUCGGGCCGUCAAGAAGGGGGCAGAGUCAUGGACGCGAGCACCCAUAGCCGUGCCCCCCUGUGACCACGCCACCUCCUUUAAGAGGCCACACUCUACCAUCUCAGACAGCAGCACCUCCUCCUCUGGCAGCCAGUCCUCCUCUGCCCUGGGGCCACCGGGCCUGCAUGCCACUGCCAGCCCAGCCCUGCGGAGCUCUGCCUCCUGCCCCUGGCCGUACGACAUGCGCACCUGCUUCGAGGAGGAAGAUGAGCUGGAGCAGGAGACCGGGAGCCAGCCUUCCAUGAUGGCUGAGUGCACGUCGUUGGGGGCCGGUGGCCUCAGGCUCCCAGGGCUGUUCUCUGAGGAGGGCCCCCAGAGCACCUGCCCUGCUGUCCCCAGGAGGGGCUCCCAGCAGCAGCUCCACAGCCAGUUCACCACAACCCUGUGAGGUAUUUGGAUGAGACUCAGCCCAGGGAGAAUCCCCGUCAGAGGGAGCAGAGGACCCUCGGCCCAGACCUGUGCCUGAGGUCUGGGAAUGAGGCGUUCAUGCUGGGAGCUCCUGAUGCACCCCUACCGCAGCUGCUGGCCACCCCACCCUCAGCACGCCAUGGGCCCUGCCUGCCUCGCCAUCACCUGGCCUCCCUCCACUCCUUCUGGGGCUCCUCAACCCCAGUCCACAGGCUCAGAGGGCUAGCCGGCCCAGAUCUCCACACCCGCACUGCUCUGAACUCCCCUGUGCUCCGAGGGCUGUGCCAAGGUUGGGGUGGAAACACACGGACCCCUGGUUCCGUUGGGGAGGUCCAAGCAGGCUUGGGGUCUCUCAGAGCAAGGUGGGCCCUCUGCAACCCUGUUUCCUGCAGUUCCAGGCCACACAGGCCCAGGGGCGACAGUCCCCUGGAGUAGCCCUCAGUGAGAUGUGUCCCAGACACAGAGGGUGCCUCUGAGUAUAAUUGGAAUGUUGGUUCUCUUUCCUUUUUAGCAAGGCAUGUGUAGACAGUGGGGCUGCCAGUCACCACCUGUGGGCCUGGGUCCCAGGUUGGGGGGAGGGCACAGCAGCUAGGCCUGAGGUCUGGGGUGUAGAGAGCGCCCCAAGAGGACCACCCCUCUCCAAAUGGAGCAGAAUAAUAAUAAGCAGGGAAAGCCUAGGUAGACAGAAGACUUCAGUGAGUUUCCUGCUGCAGGUGUCUUCCCCAUGAGACCCCCAUUCUCCAGGCGGCAGCACCACCAGACCAGCCACCUGGAACAGGGGCGGGUGGACAGGCAGGGUCCACACCAGAGGGACUUUGCGACUUUGCCUUUCCCAGCUGCUUUGAGCUGUUUCCGUUGUUACUUUGUUUCAGUGCUGACUUGUUCCGAACUCCAGGAACAUAAAUAAAUGGGACCUGUUUUUCUAA